ACAUUUUGGUUUUUAGAGGAAAAACAUGAAGAUGGAAACUGAACGAAUUGCACGAGAAAUAAAUUCAGCGUUUGUGGCAUAUAAACUAGGCAAUGACAUGGAAUUUAUAGAGGAUAUGAAGAGUAAUUUUUUAAAAUAUUGCGAAAAGAUGUAUGAAAUGCACAAUGAACAUCUUUAUAAAUUAACUAGAGAAGUUUUGCUUGAUUCAAAUGAGAAUAUCGAGACGUUUUUCAAAGACAUUUUAACAGAAAUGUUGAGCGAUAAUAUCAUAAACUGGGGCCGUAUAAUUAUGGUUUUUGUGUUUGGAGCGAGGUUAGCUGUUUUAUGUAAAGAUAGAAAUAGAACUGAUUUGAUUGAUCAAGUAAUUCAGAAUGUAGACAAAUACGUGAAGACGGAAUUUUUGGAAUGGAUUAAUAUCCAAGGAGGUUGGAACAAUUUCGAUCAAUCGUAUACUCAACUCAAAACGAUAGCAGAAAUUCCUCUAAUGAAAGUUUCGUCAUGGAUAGCGUUAAGCCUAAUAGCAACUUUGUAUCUAUACAACACAUUCUGUUAAGGAUGAUAUGUGUGAAUUAUGUGUAUUUCGACACACACUUAUCUAGGAUGUUUCUUUUGCCAGCCGUCAAUUGGUGUAUAAAAUACCUACGGAACUUUGCUGGUGAAUUUUUCAAUAAAGGAGAAUCUGGUCCAGAGUCAGAAGAAAAUGGCAAUGGGAAAACUACACAGAAAUAUAUUUCGAUGUUCUUGUAGGACUAGAGCGAACCAGGUAAUCUGGAAUACUGGUAUUUGUUUUCAUGCAAAAUUUUAUCAAAUCAAAUAACGUUACCUUUUAUUCUACAGUGGGAAACGUUAUGCCAG